AUGGCGAUUCCAGCGGCGGUUGUUGUAAUCCCGUUGGGAGUUCUCUUUUUUAUCUCAGGUCUCGUUGUCAAUAUCAUUCAGGCGAUUUGCUUCGUACUUGUACGGCCAUUCUCAAAGAAUACGUACAGAAGGAUUAACAGAGUGGUGGCGGAGUUGUUGUGGCUGGAACUCGUAUGGCUCGUUGACUGGUGGGCUGGAGUUAAGACUUGCCAGCAAGAACGUUUUGCAAUCUUGAUGUUGACGUGA